AUGGAUCUUGCCAGUCUAUCACGGCCUGCAAUUCUGGCCCAGUGCUCUCGAUGCUCCAGCUCUUUAGCGGUACUGGAGAAUGAAUGGGCAACACUGUCAAACGCCUAUUCUAUUGCGACAGCAUGGCUAAGCGUCAACUUCAACCGAAUUUCUAUUUCAACAGAGAGAAAACAAAUCCCACAAACACCGGAAUUUCAUCUUUUGCGCGGGCGCACUACCCAGGAAGUCACUUGCAAACUUUGCCAGCAGAAACUGGGCGCUCUAUGCACCUUGGAUAAUGGCCCUAACAUCUUCUGGAAGAUGUCCAGGGUUGCCUUCAGGGAAGUUGUGACCAUGCGAACCGCCGAGCCCAUUUUUAAAGACGGUGCCCUUGAAAGAUUUCUCCGUCCGACCCCUCCAGAACCCGUUCAAGAUCGCCCCUCCACCCAUGACGCCGCGUUAGUCCCAAGUAGCACAUUCGGUGUAUCUAAAGACCCGGCCUUGCAGCGACAGAUGCAACACCAGGGGCGAAGUAUUGAUCAGAUUUCGAGCUCCGUGAACCACUUGCAGGAUACCAUGACAGACUUGAAACAUUCGUUUACUUCGCUCCGCAUCGAACUCCAGGGACCCAGUCGCCACAUGGCUGAAAAUGGAAACCUCAACAGCCAGGGCUUUGAUAUGGUUGCGACUGUGUUGAAGGAGUUGAAGUCGAAGUCGGACGAAAUUGAAAAAUUCAAGCUGGAGAUUGAGGCAUUGAAGUUGAGAAACCGGUUCAUGGAGGAGCGCAGGCCAGGUAACACGGACUAUCUGUCUACAAAGGAUGAGGUGCUGCCUGAGGUUCAAAGCCCCGGUUUGCUCCAGGCAGGAAGAAAACGUGCUUGGCCCGAUGCCUUUUCCACCGGUCGCUCUCACACGGUCGCAGACUCGUUCGGCGAAGAAGACAUGAUUGAUGGUCUGGCAUUGGAAAAUCGAUCGACAUAUUUGGUUAGCCUCCCUAUUCAAGACUCACAUAGAAUCACCAAUGGCGAGACUAAGGGUCAAUCGCCAUCCGGGUCUCCAAGUGGCCAUGAUAUGAAUCAUCGGCAACCCACCAGGGCCGCUGUCGAUAAUCAAAGACCGAUGUUUUCCCAGCAAAGUCCGACCAAACGACUAAGGGUAACGCAAUCCUCUGUGGAUUUGUCCCGCACACAGUAUAACCCUGAAAAGAGACGACCCGGCCGGCCGAGGAAGUCUAUUAGCCAGACUUUCAAACCCAACACUGCCCAAACAUCCGACACUUCCCAACGAAACUCAGAGGCGGGUACCGAGUCCAGCUCGUCUGUCCAAGUCCCCACAGUACUUUCAAGUCCGCAAAAGCAACCCACCAGCGGUCGUCCUCGGCGUACUACACGAUCACGGUCUAUGGGUCCAGCGGAACUUAACCGUGAUGCACCGAAUGAGACAGAUGCCUCCAAUGGAGAACCUAUGGAAGAAAGUUCCAACAAUGAACCGGUUAGUCCCAAGAACGGGGACGCAACGACUGGUGAACAUGACGGCGUUCGUGUCGAGGACUCCGAGGCUAUGGCAAAAGAAAGGCGUAAAGCCAAGGUUGCGGCGCGGGACGUCAUGACCCGGAUUGCUAUGCAGCGAGAAGAAGUUAUGGAAACUGAUGAGUCGCGGUAA